AUGGAAGGUCAAUUUAAAAUAUUAUUUGACAAAAUGAAAAUUGAGAUGCAAAGCCAAACCGCUGAAUUGAAGGAUUCUAUCACAAAAAGUAUUAUGGACAAAAUCGAUGAUAAGUUAAUCCCUUUAGUGGAAGAAAACAAAACCUUGAAAAUCAAAGUAGAAAAAUUAGAAAAAGAAAUUGAUUUUAUGAAAAGAGCGGAGAAGAAAAAUAAUAUCAUAGUAUUUGGCCUGGAAGAAAAAGAAACAUCAACUUUCGAAUUACUAAAAGAAUUUAAGGAGCAUCUGAAACAAGAUCUGAAUAUUACUAUAGAAGAUUACGAAAUCAACAAAAUUCACCGCUUAGGUACUAAAAAUAGAGAAAUUAAAAAAUCGAGGCCAGUACUUUGUUCGUUUGUAAGCAAUUGGAAAAAGAACGAAAUUAUUAAAAACAAAAAGAACCUCAGCAAAAUCAAUAUCAGUGAAGAUUACUCAAAAGAAGUGUUAGAAAAGCGAAAAACGUUACAAGCCAAGCUAGCAGAAGAAAAGAAAAAAGGCAAUAUAGCUUAUUUGAAAUAUGACAAACUAAUCGUUAUAGAGAAUAAAAAGAACCAAGAUAAACGGAAAAGAGAAUCAUCUACCUCACCCAUUGCUCAUCACCCCUUAUCACCCAUUAACCAACCUAAAAAACAACAGAUUGCUUCAAUCAAAUCAAACAGGACAAACGUUUUUGAUACGAUGCGGGGUAGGUCUAACUCUCUUUCAAAUAUAACUACUACAGGAAAACAA